AAUUUUCACAGUAUUGUAAAUAAAACGCUGCGCAGAUACAACGACAGGGUAACUGCAUCUCAUUUUUAGAGAAAAUCAAUAUUGAAUAUACAUUUUUUGUGAUUGUUAGAAAUAGUCAAGAACCAUGUAUAAUGGUAUUGGGUUACAGACUGCACGAGGCAGUGGGACUAAUGGCUAUGUACAGAAUAACAAGGCAUUUAUCCGCCGACACAAAGACAAGGUGGACUAUAAGUCUGAGGAAGAAAUCAAGAAGCUUGAAUCACAGAUGAUCAAACAGCCAAACAGAGAAAUUCUUGACCAUGAGAGAAAACGCAAGGUGGAGCUCAAAUGCUAUGAGAUGGAGGAAUUAAUGGAAGAACAAGGGUAUUCUAAGGAAGGAAUAGAGAAUAACACCAAUCAGAGCAUAAGUUACAAAAUGACAAUGGAUGGUCAGAGUCAAGGAGUUCUUAUACUAGAGAAGGUUGCUUGGACAUCGGAAAAUUGCCUUGCUUGUUCACGAUCUAAUGGAGAGAACUGCUCUGCUAUACAAAAAUCAUGUGACACUAGGAAUAUUGUGUGCCACGAACAGGGCUCGUACAAGUUUGGGCAUCGGUCCAGAAAGCAGUCAAUAUUUGAUAUAUUUUGGGAGAAGUUUAAUGCACCCUUGCAUCAGUGUGAAACUGGCAGCCAUCUUGGCAGACAUCUUGUAACAGGAAACGGACAUCAUUUAAAAAAUCAUCUUGAAAAUAUGAAACAACCUUGGGGUAUACCAAUAGGGUGUUACAAUGUAUAUAUAGCUAAAGAAACGCAUCAGAUUGCGGAGGCCACUGCUGAAAAGAAUGCCAGACUGAAGGAUGCAUUUGGUCUCAGUGAAUACUAUGUGGAUGGCAGCGCCUUUGAUCCAAAUAGAAAGGCAAAGGAGGAAGCUGCAAAAGCCCUGGCAAUGGCACAGAAAAAAUAUGCGAUUGUAAAAGACUCUGACAGUGAAGAGGAAGCAUUGCCUGCACCAACCAGAAAACGGAAAAAGAAGUCGAGAGAUAAGAGUGAAUCUCCAGAUAGAAGGAAGAAAAAGAAAAGCAAGAAACAUAGGCAUGAUCGGUCUGAAAGUAGAAAAAGUAAAAAGAGGAAGCAUAAGCAUAAGAAAAGUGAGUCCCAAGAGAAAAAGAAGAAACAUCGUAGACGACCUUCACCAAGUUCAAGUUCAGGGUCGAGUUCUGAAGGGGAAUCUGAACAGGGGAGUUCAUCGGGUGAAUCAAGUGCUGAGAGACCACACAGAGAGUCAAGGGCAGCUGAAAGGUCAAGGGUACAGCAGGACCAAUCAUCGCAUUCAGACUCGUCACCAGAAAAAAGAUCAAGGCCAGCAGAAAGACAGAGGGAGCGCAGCGAAUCAUUAUCGUCAUUGACACCUUCACCGUCCCCAUCCCCAGCCCGCAGAAAACGUAGUCGCUCUCUGAGCUACUCUCCAGCAGAGAGGAGGAAAAGGUCAGUGUCGCCAGUGAACAAACAGUCAAAGAAAUCAGAUUCACCUAGAGGAGGCAGCAGAUACACGAAAGAGUCAAGGUCAAGGUCACGUUCUCCCAAAAGACACAGUAGGUCACGGUCAGAUUCUUAUAAUCGUCGAUCUUCAAGGCGCGACAAGUCCUCGUCACACAGCAGGAGUCGGUCAAGAGACAGGGAGUCACGCAGCCCUUCCAUACGGCGACGUAAAGGUUCACCGAGCCAUCUUGAUAGACGGAGAAUCACUAGUGCAAGAAAGAGACCAGUCCCCUACCACCGACCAACACCCCCACCAACAAGCUCCGACUCGGACGAUGACUACCACCACCACCACCACCACAGUCGCAGUAAAUCUCGCAGUAAUUCCCGUCGAAACAAUUCUCACCGCAGACGACGAAGCCAUAGCAACAGUAGCAACGAUUCAUACAGAUAAUAUUGCACAAGUUCCCCGAUUAUAUGUAUUUAUUUAUGUAGAGGUAUAAAUUCAUUGCUGGUUGUCUUCUGUCCAAAAUCAAGACUUACAUUUUGGAUUUUAAAUUCAUCAGUUCUGUAUUAAUAUUACUCAUGCUAACUUUGUUUUGAGACUUCCUUAAUCACUGUAACUUUCCAAAGAUAUUGAAAUAGAUGCUUAAAUUAACCAAAAUUAACGAUUACAAAAUGUUGCAGGGAUGUGAAAAAAAAACAA